UGCUCGCUUUGGCUCGCACUGUAGAUGACGCUGUCCCGUGCUGUAAACACGGCUGACGUUGAGCUGCGUGGCCCAGACUGCUCUAAUCAAGGACUCGCAUUAUAUUCGUGGACGGGGCUAGCGAGCGAGGCGCUAUUCGCAUCCCAAAACCUCAUAUGCAAUCACAAAAACAAAGACACGCGAGAAAUCUGCCGUCUGCUCUGCAAUGGCCAGGAAAACGGAGGUCCCCUCUUCAUACUAUGGUGAACCACAGAAGUUUGAUCCCACGUUCCGAGGGCCCAUCCACAACAGGAGCUGCACAGACGUGCUGUGCUGUGUGAUCUUCUUCAUCGUCAUCCUAGGCUACAUUGCGCUGGGAACCGUGGCCUGGAUUCAUGGUGACCCCAGGAAGGUUGUGUACCCCACAGACAGCAAUGGGCAGUUCUGUGGCCAGCAAGGCACUCCCAACGCAAACAAAGCCAUAUUGUUUUACUUCAACAUUUUACAUUGUGCUAACCCUGCGGUGUUGAUAAACCUGCAAUGCCCGACGAGACAGUUAUGUGUCUCCAAGUGCCCGGACAGAUUUGCCACAUACAUCGACAUGCAGUACAACUACAGGUCUAACAAGAGCUACUGGGACUACUAUCGACAGUUUUGCAAACCGGGCUUUAACAAUCCCUGGAAGACGGUUUCGGAAGUGCUGCGGGAUGAGGACUGCCCGUCCAUGUUGGUGCCCAGCAGACCAUUUUUACAGAGGUGCUUUCCAGACUUCAUCACCAGGAACGGCACCUUAACCGUGGCCAACAAAACGGACUUCAAAGACGGGCUAGGUAAAACACGGAGCGUCACCGACCUUCGAGAUGCGGCCAACCGAGUAACAGACAUACAGCAAGGAACCGAAAGUGGCGUCACGGCUAUGUUGGAUGCCAAAGAGGUGGGCAUCAAGAUCUUCGAGGACUAUGCCAGCUCCUGGUAUUGGAUUCUAAUUGGUCUGGUGAUCACCAUGGUGGUGAGCCUGCUCUUCAUCCUGCUGCUGCGCUUCACUGCCGGUGCCCUCCUCUGGCUCGUCAUCUUCGGGGUCAUUGCUGCCAUCGGAUAUGGAAUCUGGCACUGUUAUUGGGAGUAUGGUCUGCUGCAGGGGAAGCCUGACGCUGAGGUCACCAUCUCAGACAUCGGCUUCCAGACGGACUUCAGGGUCUACCUACAGCUCCGCCAGACCUGGCUCAUCUUCAUGAUAUGCCUGGCCGUGAUCGAGGCAAUCAUCGUUUUAAUGUUGAUCUUCCUGCGGAGGAGAGUGCGCAUCGCCAUCGCCCUUCUUAAAGAGGGGAGCAAGGCUAUUGGAUACAUCAUGUCGACUCUUUUCUACCCCAUCAUCACCUUCUUUCUGCUGGCUGUGUGCAUCGCAUACUGGGCCGUGACAUCAGUCUUUCUGGCGUCGUCUGGCGAGGCGGUCUACAAGGUUAUGACCACAGAGCCCAAGUGCCAGUAUGCUAACCUCACGUGCAACCCAGAGAUUUUCAACAAAACGAACGUGACUAAGGUGUGUCCGGGGGCGCAGUGCUCGUUUGCGUUCUACGGUGGCGAGAGCUUGUACCACCGCUACAUUUUCGUGCUGCAGCUCUGCAACCUGCUGAUCUUCCUGUGGCUGGUCAACUUCACCAUCGCCCUGGGCCAGUGCACCCUGGCCGGGGCCUUCGCCUCCUACUACUGGGCCCUGAAGAAGCCACAGGACAUCCCAACAUGUCCGCUCUUCGCCUCCUUUGGCAGGGCCAUAAGGUAUCACACAGGCUCCUUGGCAUUCGGUGCCCUGAUCCUCUCCAUAGUGCAGUUUCUCCGCAUCAUACUGGAGUAUCUGGAUAGCAAACUCAAAGGGGCCCACAAUGCCUUCGCUCGCUUCCUCCUGUGCUGCCUCAAGUGCUGCUUCUGGUGUCUGGAGCACUUCAUCAAGUUCAUGAACAGAAACGCAUACAUCAUGAUUGCAAUAUAUGGGAAAAACUUCUGCACGUCAGCAAGGGAAGCUUUCUUUCUCUUGAUGAGAAAUGUAGUCAGAGUCGCUGUCCUGGAUAAGGUGACCGACUUCUUGCUGUUCCUUGGGAAAUUACUCAUUUCAGGAAGUGUGGGUGUGUUGGCGUUCUUCUUCUUCACCCGCAAGAUCCCAGUCAUCCAGGAGGAGGUGCCCUCACUCAACUACUACUGGGUUCCUCUGCUGACUGUGAUAUUCGGCUCCUACAUGGUGGCACACGGCUUCUUCAACGUCUACUCCAUGUGUGUAGAUACGCUAUUUCUCUGCUUCUUGGUUGACUUGGAGAAGAACAACGGUUCGGCGGCCAGGCCGUACUACAUGAGCGGUGAGCUGAGGAGAAUCCUCAACAAGAAGAACGUCAAACCUCGCUCGGCCAAGAAGAAGUGAAGCAAGCUGGAAUGUUUGGUGAAGGAUGGGAGAGAGGGGAUCUCAAAAGAUCACCUACAGUACUACUCCAGCUCUGUGGCACUGCUCCACAUACAGGCUACGUGAAGGCAAAGACGAACCGCACACCACCGACGAGCUCCCUUUUAAUCCAUUUUAUUCUAAUAUAUGACGUUUCGGGCCACCACGGCCCCUUCCUCAGACUAGGCCUAGUCAGUGCCAUAGACCGGUUUCAGAAACUGUGCCACAGACAGGCGAGUUUCAGAAACAUGCAGAUGCUUACAGAAAACAAAAUAUGACGUGGAAAUAAUAAUGGGGUCAGUCUCAGGGAAGAGUUGAAGAACAGUGCUGUGUAAACAUACAGCACCUCCCCUAAAGACAAAGGUACAACGAAACGGAGGGCUCAUUUUCCUUCAAACGGAGCAUACUAAAAGGGAAGGCUGUUGAACUGUAAACGGCCACGUCUGACAAAAAGGUCUGUUUUCUUGUAAAUACAUGUGUUUUUAUAGUUGUUCAUAUCUAAUAAUACUCUCAAAGGUGGUGCCUUCAAGGUCCAACGUGUUGCACUAGUUGCGUACUGGAAUUAUCAAAGCUUGUGUUGUCUAAGCCCAGUCUUCAUCUUCGUCUUUACCACAAUCAUUUCAUACCAUUAAUUGACUUUAAAGCUUACACUUGCAUGUGCGCUGUACGUGAAGGGUCGUCCAAUCAGACAGCAGAAUGGCUACCAAAAGGGCCAGGCUAACAAUGGCUAACAAGACGUGGUUGCUUGAUUGGUCAAGGCAGUGCAGGGGCAAUUGGAACCAUAACUUUAACAGAUUAUGGGUAGUCAUGGACAAAGAGGCUUGAGACAAGAGGGCUUACUCAAGUCAUAACAGCGUAGUACGAAAUGAUGGCGAGGGGAGAACGGAAAUUGUAUUCUUCUUCUACGGUCAGUAUUGGAAGCACCUGGGAAGCAUGCAAUGACACUUCCGCGAGGGUCGGAGUGUGGAACAGGUCAUAGGACAGCGUGAAUGUUUGUCAGCUGUCCUUAAUUACCCCCAGCAAUUACUGCUGACCAACAGCUGCCGUUAAUAUGGCCACAAAUUAUCUAUCAUGGCGUCGCCCCCACUGACCAUGUGCAAGGGAGUACGGAAUCGCACCCACUGACCAAUGACCAUGCGCAAGGGAGUUAAUUUUCCAUCCAUCCGUGUCCUCAGGCAACGCCCCCGUACUACACCGUGGCCAAUGCAUUUCCCUGCAAGAGAUUGUUCUUAUGUUGAGUUUCUUUGGUCAUGGAUAAGAGGUUAGGGCGUCAGACUUGUUGCCCAAAGGUUGCCUGUUUGUCUCCCGACCUGCCAGGUUGGUGGGGGGAGUAAUUAACCAGUGCCUUCCCCCAUCCUCCUCCAUGACUGAGGUACCCUUUAAGCAUGGUACCGUCCUGAUGCACUGCUCCCUUGGAGCGGCAUUGGAGGCUGCCCCCCCUGCAUGGCUGAGGCAUAACUGUAAUUUAGUUGUGUGCAGUGUGCUGUUGUGUGCUGUGUCACAAUGACAAUGGGAGGUAGAGUUUCCCAGGUGGGCUUUCUCUUUCAGGUUGGUCAGCUGUCUGAACAGUGCGAUCCCAGACUGAACUCCUACUCUGGCUUGACAAGCUACCUCUGCGCUACUGGUGUAAGCUAGAAUCAAUCAAACUACUCUAUACUGGAAACGGCGAGACAGAUGUAAGACUUAAGUUUGUCUUAGCUCGUUAAAUUCGACCAUUUCCAAUGGCUCAAUGUUUAAGGCAAACAUUCAGGGGAAGAUUUGAAUUUCACUGACUUGGCUCAGGCAAACUGACAUCAGAUUUUGUGCAGUGUUACAUGAAGUAUGGGCCGGCCCAGGCUAACAGCACAUGGUUCAAAUUUUCUGAACAUGCCUUGUUUUGACAUGAUAGACUGAAAACAGCUAUGGGUGUUGUAUUGUCACUCUAGAUUGAAGAAAAGAAGGGAAAUCUUACACGUUGGACCUUUCCAGAGAACAGCCUGUUAUGCGCAAUGCCACGUUUGUCCAGUAGAUGGCAUUAUAGAACAAAGUGUCGAGAGUGCGACUGAACUGAAAGAAUACUGUGUGUCAAUCAGUCUCUCGCUCUCUCUCUUUCCGUUGUAUUCCUAAAUGCAGUGUGUGUGUGUGUGUGUGUGUAUGUGUGUGUGUGUGUGUGUGUGUGUGUAAGGCCAAGUGUAUAUAUACAUUUUGAGUAUGCGAGCUGAUUGUGCAUGGGGCACCCUUGUUAAUCAAUUCUGGCACACAAGUGCCCACAUGUCUCCCAUCCACUUUAUUUCUCGAACAGCAGGUGGAGUGCUCUUUUUCCUCUCUCAUAUUGAGAUUGUAUUACUAAUGGCACCGUGGCCCUGGCUAUGUCUUUUCUACGUUGCGCUCCUCAACCUGGUUAAUAAUUAACAUCCUAUUGAGUGUGCUUUGGUCAUAAGGGCUGUUACGUCAAUUACUACAUUACUUUCUGCCGUGCAGAGUUGUUGCCUGGUGAAGCACUCCCCUUCCCAUUCCCGUCCUCUCCAGUGCUCCCUCUCCUAAUCAGCGGGUUGUCGAAGGGGAAGUGAGUGAAUUUUGUAAUUGACCAGGCUGUGGGUUAUUGUGCAGUUGCUUUUUGCUGUAUUUGUUGUAUAACUUACUGUAAAAUAUCAUGACACUAACUCCAGAGAAGCCAACAGGUGGGGGGGUCAAAGGGGUCAGUUGUCCUUGGCCCAGGAAGAAGGGGUGGUCCACAUUUGGGUCCCCAUUGCAUUUUAAGUACUGAGUGGGGGAGACUUGCAGAUGAUUUCGUACCGGGCCUGGACAAAUUUGUCAGCGGCCCUGCUGACAGCAAGACCAAUGUUUUUUUUCUAAAUAUCCUAACUCCCGUCCUGCCUUGCUCCCUUGCCUGCUUGUGGCCUCGUAAUGAUGCAAAAGCGCAAUUCUCAUUUGAAAUCAGGAUGGUGAAUGAAGAAUAGACCCCCAAAAGUUGUUGUGACUGGCCUGUCUGCGGAGAAACGUUAUCAUUUUCUCCACGUGGGCAGGGUGUCAGCAUAACUUGAGGCCACAAGCACAGGCAGAGGAUGGGAGUCUGCAUAUUGGAAAGGACCCAGACACUUAACACUCUUCUGGAAACACUCAAGUACAUUCAUGGUCAUCUCAUUGUGUUCAGAGCCAGGGUUUGAGCAGGUCAGGAUGCUAAGGGCUUAUUCAGGGAGGCCUUUUGAGGACCUUAUUGUAAUUACUGUACACGGAAGGUCCCAAAAUGUCAUCAUAAAAUUCUACAUGUCUAAAAUUCUAAUUAUGUCAUCAUAAAAUUCUAAUGUCCAUUGGACAGCAACUCCGGUUUAUUUGUGUAUUACCAACAGGAGCGUACUGUGUAGUCCGUCCAGUGUCUCUUAUAAUCGUGUGUUAGUCAGUAAAGUCUGUCUGCUAUAUUAGAGGACUUAUUUUAGUGUUACUUAUGUUGUCUGCACCAUCAACUGUGUUCUGUGCCAAAGCUUUUGAAGAACAUGUGGAGGGGAUUUCAAUUCCUUGUAUUUUCGUUUGAGCCAAAUAAUGUCACAUUUGUUUGUAUGUUUUGUGUGUAUGUGUUUUUGUAAAUAAAAAGCUGCAUAAUGA